CUUUUGAUUUUUAGGUGAAAUGUCGCCCUUUUGUAGAGAACUCUCUCUUCUUCUGUUAUUACUGGCUCAUGCCCAGGCUGACUGCAGUCUUAUUGCCAUUGCUACUGCCAUCGUUGGAGAGACGGUGCAAAUCCCCUGCUCUCUGAACAUUGAAGUGUCUUUAAAGAUGGAGGACAUUUCUGUUGAUUGGACAACAUCUGAAGGUCUCAUUGUUCAUUCAUUUGUCAAAGGACAGGAUUAUCUGACAAAUCAGGCCCCCCAGUUUAAAAGCAGAACACAGCUCUUUGGGUCUGAGCUUCCAUGUGGCAAUCUGUCCCUGAGGCUGUCCAGUGUGUCCCUAACUGACGAAGAGGAAUAUGUCUGCUACUACCACCGAGCUGGGGAGCGCAACUCCAAACUACUGUGUCAGAUGUGCCUUCAAACUGCAGGUCGUUACUCUGUCCCAGUUGUCCAAGGACCAGCAUCACCAGUGUUUAAAGACAGUGAGGUCAGUUUCACCUGCAAGUCUACUGGGGGAUUCCCUGAGCCAAAGGUCCAGUGGUCUGUGAAUAAGGAGCUGCUUGAGAACUCAAGACGAGUGAACACAACACUGAGCCGCGACAGCAGAGGUCUGUACAAUGUGACCAGCGUCCUGACUGUGAAUGUGACAGGAGACGUGUCUGUGACCUGCACUGUUGAGAAUGACAGACUGAGGGAGAAGAGGACAUCAGCUGAAAUUCAGUAUCUGGUUAAAGCAGAGAAAGAGUCAAACGGAGUGAGCGGAGGCACCAAGGUGAUACUGGUGUUAGUGCCAGUUGUGCUGCUGAUUAUAGCAAUUGUGGUAUUAAAGAAGAGGAUGAGGAAACAUCAGAGAAUACCAGUAACAAACAAAGACCAGGAAUCUGAAAUUCCACUGCAGCAAACACUGAACAAGGACAACCCUGAAACUUAGCAGCUCUGAGAAUGUGAAAGAAGAUUAACUUGUGCUGAGACUACAGUGUUGGCAUUGAGGAGUUUUAAAGGAGCGCCUGAGGAGCACAUAAGUGAAUCUGAAGAACUUUGUCUUCAUUUGGACAAAUUUGAAUUUGCACUGAACAAGUUGACUGGAAGGUGAAUGAGUUGACUGUUUUUAAGGAAUGGUUCUUCAUUCCAGGUGGCUAUGAGUGUUAAAAGAUGGAGCACUGAAGCCCCUGACUGAUCCCAGCACCUAAACGACACACAAACUGAUGUGACGCCACUACUAAGACAUGAGGAAGAGGCUUUGUGUCCUUG